GUAGGGAGAUAUAAUAGCCGGUAAUACGAUGGAACUGGGCCAGUCUCGCUUGGAGCCGUGGCUAAGGAGCUUCCAUCGGCUGGUUUGUGGUCUCUCUUGGAGCCGCAUAUACAUGUAGAAUUUUGAACACGCGCGUGUGACGUAUUUAUUGAUUUGAGUCAGAUUUUUUUUUUUUUUUUACUUUUAAAAUUGUGAACAAAAAAGACAAUUCUUGUAUUAGCAUCGACGUGGGAGUGAUAGGGCAGACAAGAGGUGGGGAAUUGCCGAGUGACAACUUUCAUCUCGUAUUGGAAGCUGAGCAGUUUUCUGAGUCCCACACGUCAAAAUGGGGUUACCCAAGGGACUUCCUGCAUUGGUCAGCAUGUUUUUCGUGGCGUUAUUGACUGCCAAGACAACAGAAGGCUGCUCGUGUGCUCUCACGCAUCCGCAAACACAAUUCUGCGAAGCUGAUUUUGUCAUGCAUGUUCAAGUCAUGGACAAAACUGAUACGCUAGAUUCAAGGGACACAGCUUACAAAGUGGAAAUGAAAAAGAUGUUCAAGGUAUCCAAUUCAAGCUAUCAGGAUCUGUUCAAAGAAUACUUGUACACGUCAAAUUUGGAAUCAACGUGUGGUGUGAGCCUCCAUACUGGCGAGGAGUACGUGGUCAGUGGUCAAAUUUACGAUGAAAAAUGGAGACUAAGUCUCUGUAACAUCGUGAUGCCCUGGAAGAAGGUGACACAGCGGCAACGUAGAGGGUACGAGGGGCUCUAUGCUAAAAGCUGCGCGUGCAAAGUCAGAUACACGAGAUUCAAGGACAAGGGUAAAGUACUGAAUCGAGGAGGAGGAAAAUUGUGUCUAUGGGAAGACAGACCCGGACCGCUGGAGUGCCAGGAGAAAUACGGAAUUUGCAUGCUAAUCGAUAGCAGGUGCAGCUGGAAGCCCUCUAAACCUUACGACCGCUGUAUCCGCAAGCACCAAAGUGGCCGCCGGCAACUGCAUUAGAAGGCUAUUCAGCGAUCCCAUUUCACUUGUCCCUUCCCUUUUUUUUAUGAGUAACUCUUGAUUUUUUUUUUUUUUUUUUUUCAUCAUUCUUUAUAGUUAAUAGAGCUGUGCUAGUAGAUGUAUGCUUUUUUUGUUGUGUUGUACUUGUGGGGUUAGCGGUAAUGAAGAGUAUCAUGAUUGAGUAGCAUUAUUUUAAAUAGAUAUCUUGUACUUCUAUGAAAAAAACUUCAUAUCUCUUUGCAAUUCAAUAAUUUUUACAAUUUUGUAUGCAUUUCGUAUUGAGUCGUUGAGGUGGGCCAUUUUUAAUCAUUUUUGAGAUAAUUAAUUAUAAAAAAAAAACUGUUCUGUAGUGUUUCGUAUAUUUUUGCUAAAAAGUAUCGCGAUCGUUAAUUUCUUAUGGAACAAAUAAUUUUGAACCUGAUGCGAAUGUAGUCUGAACGGUGUUUAUGUAUAAAAAUACGAUACCUGAUUAUCUGAAAAAGUUUAGCCUGAAAUUCAAUACGGUGUUGCUUGCAAUGUAAAAAGUUUAAUUUAGUAAAAAUACUGAUAAUCAUGCUAAAAUUUUCAAAAGUAAGCACAAUAAAAUUAAUGAAUGUCAAAACAACUCUCAGGCCUUUACUUUGUCUCGCAACUUUAAUUGGAAACGAUUUUACUAAUAAGGACAAUGUAUCUUGAUUGUAAGAAUGUAUUAUGUAUACAUGUGGUUAAUGGUUUUAUGAAAGGCUUUUUUCAAUUGACUCUAAAUCCUAAAGACUUUAUGAUCUAAGUUUCACACAACGCGUGUUUCAUUAAACUGAUAAAAAUGGUAUUUUUUUAAUCUCGUUGAAAUAAAUUUAUAAUAAUUACGAUGUACAAUUGAUGGUUUGUAGUAAGGGUAAAAUUUUGUACCAUGAUCGUGUCAAAUUAAGAUUGUAGUUAAUACAUUAACGUGGAUGUUUUAAUAUAUUUAUUAUUUAUCGUAGUGCAAUAACCGAGUAUUGUAUCUACAUCAACGUAUGAUAGGUGUAAAUGUCCAUAUUUUAUCGAUACGAUUUUUAGGAUGUGUAAAACUUAUGAGUAUAAUAAUAUUCUUGUAUUAAGACUUGUAUUAAAUUUCGUAAACGCUUUGAGUUGUACAUAAACUAAAAUUAUGAUUGAAUAAAAUCCAUACUAAAAUU